GAAAUGGAAAUGUAAGCUCAGUAUUAACAAAUUAAAUAUAAAAUCUUCUUCUUCUUCUUCUUCUUCAUCUCGUAAGCAAAAUGGAUAUGAAGCAGAUAUUAGCAUUUGCUGCAGCUGUGGUGGCCAGCUUGGUAGUAUCAGCUCAAGGCGCCGACUUUGCGUUCUAUAAACUGAGUCUAAGAUGGCCGACUACUCUCUGUAUCGCUGCACCACAAACCUGUAAGAGUCCGAUACCCGACACCUUCACCAUCCAUGGCUUAUGGCCAACAUUUAAAGAUGACAAAAAUGUUCCUCCUUAUAAUCCACUUACUAAUAAAUGCAAUCCCAAUCCUAUGCCUGCAACUAAUAUUGUGGCUGAACUGCAACCCAUUAGAGGGAGGCUAGAGAAAAAAUGGCCAGACCUCAUUAAGGGUUACAGAAAUGAGGACCUUUGGGAAAUUCAGUGGUUGCACCAUGGAAUGUGCUCAGAUUAUCCUCGAGAUCCUUUGAUUUAUUAUACCAGCGCCUUAAUUCUUGCUGAGAACAGCAAAUACGACCCACUCAAAGUUUUGGGAGUUCAACCAUCACAAACUCCUUAUGACAUAGACACUUUAUUAGACAACGUGAAAAGGACAGUGGGAUUCUAUCCUCAAAUCUCGUGCAGUAUGCCAAUUAAAGGCAAGCAACUAUAUCUCAAGGAGAUCCGUUUCUGCUUCAAAAGAGCCAUGCCACCUUAUCAACUUCAAAAUUGCCCCGACGAUAUGGAUAAUCUGUGUAGGUCAGUGCCACCUCUCCAACGCACUGUUAUGAUUCCUCCACCAAUUACUACCAAUUCUGGCCUCAAUGUUACUUGGGAAUUAUUGGCUUCUGCCUAGCGGGGAAUACUUGAAAACUAGUAUCGCAUCGAAUAAGGAAAUAAUUCCGGCUACAUCCGGUAUUCUAUAUCUUUGUAUUAUGUUGUAUUCUCACAUGUC